AGCAAUAUUACAUCUAUCAUAAGCUUAUCAUUGUAUAUAUAUAUAUAUAUUGGAUAUAUUAGAUAAUUCAAAAGGAUAUAUUUUCUAACAAUUCAACAAUUAUGAGAUGAAAAGAUUGGAUGGUCUAUAGGUAUUGUGUAUUAAAGACUUAAAAGAAAAAUAAAGACUUUGGUAAUGAAUUAAAAAAUCUCAGGAUACUUAUUGAAGUUAUGUCAUCAGGAAAUAUAUCACCAAGAAGGCAACGUAUACAAGAAAAUGAGAUGCAACUUUCCUUAUCUCUUGGAGACGAUUCUGAAUGGACAGCAGUGGCUGCAGUCUAUAGAAAAUAUGCAGAUUACAUAAAGCAAAAUGUCCAACUGAAUAAAACACAUCUCGAGAAACUCCUUGCUGAAGUUAUAACUCAGAGAGAGUUUGAUAGUCUGUGUAGGAAGUCAGAUAAUGAAGCACUUGAUGAACUCCUUCAAGUCUUACCAAAGAAAGGCCCCCAUGGUUUCAAGGUGUUUGUGUUUGACAUUCUGUAUGAAGACUUCCGCGCUGUCGGGGAAUUCUUCGAUGAAAUGCUUCAUGCAGAAGUAGAAGCUAAAAAGACAGGCCGCUCACCCUCUUCUGAAUCUGACCUAUCUCCAAUGUCCCCCAUCAAUGCAGAGGCAUCUUCUACCAACUUUACCAUGCAGUCAAUAGUGCCACGAAGACAGAGCAGUAUGCCACAUACAAGGUCAAACGAAUACCCAGAGAGCCCCAUAGAUGUGCAGCAGAAACAAAUUAAAAGAAUAUUCAGCAUCAUGUGCAACAACGUGAACUACAGCCAAUUCAGCUGUCAGACACUGAAGCCAGCCACCCUCGACAAGGUAGAAGACCAUAUCAAAACAAUGCUGAAGCUUAUUGAUGAAUGUUGCAAGCAAAUGGAUUUACAGACGCAUUACAAGCCGCUAUUAACGGCAAUAAUCCAUCUGAAACUUGACAGAGACAAUAUAUACCGCAGAAGUAAAGAUAAUAAAACUACACUGGAAACACAACUGAGAAAUGAGAGGGACAAGAAUGAGAAGCUUGAAACAAAGGUAAAAGAGCUUGAAGAGUUCAAAACCGUCUUUGAAGGGCACACAGCAUUCAAAGGAAUGAGUCAAGAUCUUAAGAAGAUGAAACAAGAAAAUGAUAGAUUAACGGAUGAACUUGAAAAGGAAAAAGAGGAAAACAAACAGUUAUUAGGAACAGUGGAAAGCAUUCAAAAAGAGCGGGACACGUACAAGGAAAAAGCUACAAAGGCAGAAAGCGAACUGGAUAGAUAUAAGAAACUUGUUACAAGGCUGGAGAAAGACAAUGAAAAAUUAAAUGUAAAACUGAACACUCAUACUGACCAAACUUCAAAUGACACUCCAUCCUCUAGUUGGACAGUUACCAAUGACGAUAACAGGCCAAGUUCAAAACCGUACAGACCCCCAAAAAUAAAAAAGAAACGCCAACGUAAAAAGCACUUAGCUUAGUGAUAACAAAGGGUUAGAGAUUAACAAAAUCAAAAAGAAUAUAAAAACCAGCAAUAAGUAUUUAUUCUGCUAUAUACUAUAUAUAUAUAUAAAAAUUAUAAAUGUUUUAAAAGCAAUCAUGAAUUCUAACAUGUUUUUCACAAUAACAUGUUAAUCUGUCUUGUAUUAAACAAUUUCAUUUUCAUACAAUUCUUCUAACCUCAUUAUAAUUCCCUAAAAUAUAAAAAUGAUUGUUAAUUCCAUCUCUUAAUACAAGGAAUUUAUUUAAUACCUCAAAUUCCACUUAGCAGUUAAUUGCCUUUGACAUACAGUAAUUAAUUCCAUCAUCGAUAUCACUUGAUAAUGAUCAAAUCACCUUUCAUCAUUUAAAAAUGUUAAAAUUAUAUUUCAUUUGAAAUAAACAACACAUUAUCUAUGACAUAGAGGAUAUUUGUUUAUUUCAGUGUA